GAGCGCUGAGUUUGACAAGAGUAUAAUAACCGUUGAACUUCACUCAAGUUUGUCCGCUACACCUUAAACAGUGUUAAAAGAAAACACACGUUAGCACUUAAACCGACUUUGAGGAACCCGCGCUGUCACUUUAAGGCAACCAUGGAGCGCUCCAAACAGAAACAAGUGAAUCAAAAUGAAAACGAAGCAGACUCCGCGAUCAAUGGACACUUUGACGGACGGGUGAAGAUGCCCGGAUGGAGCGCCGGCGGUGCCGCCGGGACCCCGGGCGCCGUGCCGUCCUCCAGCGUGAUGGAGAGCUGGCGGGAAGAACGCACUCGCAGUCUGGAAGACAAUGAGAUGAGCCUGCCGAGCAUCGCCGCGGCUUACACCACUAUUCUCAGGGGGCUCGGCGAAGAUCCUCAGCGGCAGGGGCUCCUGAAAACUCCGUGGAGAGCCGCCACCGCCAUGCAGUUCUUCACCAAAGGUUAUCAGGAGAAAAUUAUCGAUGUCCUGAAUGACGCAAUCUUCGAUGAAGACCAUGAUGAGAUGGUGAUCGUGAAGGAUAUUGACAUGUUUUCCAUGUGUGAACACCAUUUAGUUCCCAUUUUUGGGCGGGUGCAUAUAGGUUACCUUCCAAACAAGAGGGUGCUUGGACUGAGUAAAUUAGCAAGGAUCGUUGAGAUAUACAGCAGGAGAUUGCAAGUUCAAGAGCGUCUAACCAAACAGAUUGCUGUCGCCAUCACUGAAGCUCUACAGCCUGCUGGUGUUGGGGUGGUCGUUGAAGCAACUCACAUGUGCAUGGUUAUGCGAGGCGUCCAGAAGAUGAACAGCAAGACUGUGACCAGCACCAUGCUGGGUGUGUUCCGCGAGGACCCCAAGACACGAGACGAGUUCCUGACCCUGAUCCGGAGCUGAGAGGGUCCGUCCACUCUCCACUGCCAAAACACUCUGACCAGCCCUC